CCGUCUCCCGCCCACCGCCGCCGCCGCCGCCGCCUCUCGCUGCUCGCUGCUCGCAUGGCCACCGCCAUCGCGCCCGACGUCCUCGCGGGCCACCUCGGCCACCUCACCCCCGACCACGACCGUGCCUUUGCUACCUUCAAGGACAUCCUCCACAACGCGCACCUCUACGCGCCGCCCGCCGGCACCGCCCCUGCGUCCCACGACGACCCCACUCUCCUUCGCUUCCUGCGUGCACGCCGCUUCGACCCCGCCAAGGCCCUCAAGCAGUUCCAGGACGCCGAGGCAUGGCGUAAACAGCACCGCGUCGACACGCUCUACGCGACCUUUGACCCCGACGAGUUCGAGUCCACCCGCAAGUUCUACCCCCGCUGGACCGGCCGUCGCGACAAGAAUGGGCUCCCGGUGUACGUCUACCGCCUCGCCUCGCUCGCACCCAUCAAGUCCGAGCUCGACGCCGUCCCGCCCCCCCGCCGCUACCAGCGCAUUGUCGCCCUCUACGAGACGAUGACCCGCUUCGUCCUCCGCCUCUGCUCCCACCUCCCCCACGCCACCGCACCCACCCCCGUCUCCUCCGUCACCACCAUCAUCGACCUCGAGCACGUCUCCCUCAGCGCCAUCUGGAGCCUCCGCGGCCACCUCCAGGAGGCCUCCGCCCUCGCGACCGCAAACUACCCAGAGACGCUCAGCACCAUCGCGGUGGUUAAUUCGCCCUCGUUCUUCCCCACCAUCUGGAGCUGGGUCAAGCCCGUCUUCGACGAGGGCACACGGCGCAAGGUCCAUGUCCUCGGCAAGGAUCCGGGACCCGUGCUGCGCACCCUCAUUGAUCCGCAGGACCUUCCGCGCCCGUACGGCGGUGAGCUCGACUGGAAGUUUGAGGACGAGCCCUCGCUCGAUGAAGAUACGAAGAAGGCCAUUGGGACCAUGCCGAAGGGCCCUGUCGAGUUCGUCGAUGGCGAGGUCAGGAAGCCGCCAGCCCCAUCGGACGCGCCCUCUGAGUAGUAGAGCUUUCAUGCACAUACAUUCUUGACGGACACUACGUAAAUUGUACAUCGCAUGCGUUGGGAGAGAACAAGAAACGUAAUAAGGAUAGAACAACAUUAUAAG